AUGAACAUGAGUAUUAUUACGAAUCACUCUAAUUUCACACUUGUUAUAUUUUCCAUUACGCUGGUCCUGGCUCUCGCUAUACGUUCCUUGAGAUUCAAGAAACCAAAAGGUCAGCUUCCUCCCGGCCCACGGGGAUGGCCAAUCAUUGGGAACUUGUUCAACAUGAUCAUGAACCGGCCGACUCACUUGUGGAUCCACCGUGUCAUGGAAGACAUGCAAACGGAGAUAGCUUGUUUCCGCUUUGCCGGCGUCCACGUCAUCACCGUAACCUCAAGCGAGAUUGCCCGGGAAGUGCUUAGGGAAAAAGACGAGGCUCUCGCAGACAGGGCGGAGUCGUACUUGGCCAAACUCAUAAGUCAUGGCUACAAGGACAUUGCUUUCUCUUCCUACGGUGAGAGUUGGAAGCUAGCCAAGAAAGUGAUGGUCACCAAACUAAUGUCUCCUACAUUGUUGAACAAAACCCUCGGUGAUAGAACCCUAGAAGCAGAUAAUAUCGUCACCUAUAUCUUCAAUUUAUGCCAAUCAGGGUCAAAUCAGAUGACUAUCAACGUGAGGGAUGUCGCGUUAACUUAUUGCCACGCCGUGAUGAUGAGGAUGAUGUUUGGCCAGAGGCAUUUUGAUGAAGCGGCUGAGGACGGCGGUCUAGGCCCCAAAGAAAGAGAGCAUAUGGACGCAAUAUACCGAGCUCUUGAUUCCUUAUUCAGCUAUAGCGUAUCGAACUACAUCUCUUGUCUUAGAGGAUGUAACAUCGAUGGAGAAGACGCGGAGGUAAGAGAAGCAGUUGAUGUUAUCAACAGGUGCAACGAUCCAAUCAUCCACGAGAGAAUGCAUUUGUGGAGGAAUAAAGGUGGAAAAGAGAGAGAGGAAGAUUGGCUCGAUACUCUCAUCACUCUAAAGGAUAAACAAGGAAAGCCUUUGUUCACACUUGAUGAGAUUAGGGCUCAAUGCAAGAAUAUCAAUGUUGCAUCAAUCGACAAUACGAUGAAUAACGUGGAGUGGACGAUAGCAGAGAUGUUGAAUCAUCCAGAAAUACUUGAGAAAGCCAUAAAUGAAUUGGACAUGGUAGUUGGUAAAGACAGAUUUGUGCAAGAAUCAGACAUACCACAUCUCAACUACAUCAAAGCUAGUAGCAGAGAAUCUUUUCGGCUUCAUCCAGCUAAUGCGUUCAUGCCUCCUCAUGGAGCCCGAGAAGAUACUACUCUCGCUGGUUACUUCGUCCCCAAAGGUAGUCAAGUUCUUGUGAGCCGUCUAGGACUUGGUCGGAAUCCUAAGAUAUGGACCGAACCUAACGUGUUCAAGCCGGAGCGACACCUCAAUGACUAUGCUAGGGACUCAAUGGGAGUGACUCUGAUGGAACCGGACAUGCGGAUUGCGAUAUUCAGCACCGGUCGACGUGGCUGCGCAGGUACUAAGAUUGGGACAUCUAUGACCAUCAUGUUGUUAGCCAGGCUUCUCCAAGGGUUCGAAUGGACUCUCCCUAAUGGUGCAAGUCAAGUCAAGCUCAUCGCAGCAGAUAGCAACUUGUUCAUGGCCAAGCCUCUACUCGCAUCUGCCAAACCUAGGUUGGCUCCAGGUUUAUAUCCGAAAAUCCAGAUCUAA